AAAUAACAAUUCGAGACGAUGUGAUCUGUAUAUUUCAACCAUGAUCACUACCUUUUUUCCAUAGACCUAAAGUGCAGAAGAUAACGUAAAUCACGGUUGUAGACUGGUUGCGUAUCGACUCGAUACUAUCGAGUAUCGACUAUCGAGCUAUGAAAAAGCGGCUACAAGAGAUCUUUCUAAAAAGUCAGUGACUGUUAGCGCUCCUUGUAAAAAAAUCGUGGAACUUAUUAUUUUUCACCAAGGAUCUAUGUUAUAUUCAGCCGCGUAUAAUAUGAUAACAACUAGGUUAUAGCAGGUUUGGAACAUGGCCGCUUCGAUUUUGACUGAUAAGUAUCUUCUCCGUGUUAAUUUUUAUCAGUGUCCGGGGCCUGGUGCAACCAUUUAUCUAUAGACGUGUUCAUACAAGCUGAAACAAAAUAUGUUAACAGUUGAAUUGAUUUUCUAAUUUCUAUAACUAAUAAUUAAUGACUAUAUUAUUAUACUUAUACUUCAUAUAACGUAUGGCAAUUUAGAUUAAUUUCCCAAAUUGUUUUAGAUCUAUGAUGAUAAAUAUUAUACUUUAAUAAUUUCAUGGCAAUUCAAUUUUUAUCGCACGAAUUUGUGAUAUAAGAAAUUUAUAUUUUAGGUCAUUGGACAAAUCAUUUUUACUCAUCUAUACAUUAUAUAAAUGCACAAAAACUCAAUACAAAAGCUUCACCUAUGAAAAACUACAAUUAUUAGUAUUAAACAUAACUCUACCAAGUUAAAAAUUGUUAUUUAAGAAGUGUUAAAAUGUCACGAAUCAGCAGUUCUGGUGAUCAUACUGUACAUGAGUAUAUAAACAGAAAUGUUGAAACUGAUAAUAUGCACCCAGCAAUACUAAGAUCUGAAAUAGAAGCAAGACCUAUGAGACCAAGGUCAUUUGUUCCUAAUUCUCUACCUUUAAAGAAUACUGCAACCCCAAGAGGAUACACUCCUAGUCCGAUAAAUGGUGAAAUAUCCAACUCAAAAUACCCUGCAUCUAAAAUUGAAGUGAUUAAAAAUUGGAGUGUAUCAACUUAUAAGUGUACAAAACAGCUCAUAAAUGAGAAAUUGGGAAAGUCAUCUAAAACUGUUGAUAUAGAAUUGGAGACUGAAAUUGAGCAAUUAAGAGAAACCCAAAAGAAGUAUGGAAAUAUUUUAAAAUUAGCAAAAAAUAUGGCAGCUCAGUUUCAAUGUUUUAUUCAAACUCAACAAUCACUCGGAGAAGCAUUUGCUGAAUUGAGCCAGAAAUCGCCAGAACUACAACAAGAGUUUAUACAAAAUUCGGAAACACAGAAAUCCUUGUCAAAAAAUGGUGAAAGCCUGUUAAAUUCACUUAAUUUUUUUGUGUCAUCAGUUAACACUCUUUGUAAUAAAACUAUUGAAGAUACAUUAAUUACUAUAAAGCAGUAUGAAUGUUCAAGAAUUGAAUAUGAUGCCUAUCGUUCAGACCUUGAGAUGUUAGCACAGAUGCCUAGAAAUGAAUCAAACAUAGAUCGUGUUGAUGAUGCCCAACAAAAUUAUCAACAUCACAAGGAAGAAUUUGAAAAGUUGCGCUCAGAUGUUAUUGUGAAGUUGAAAUUUUUAGAUGAAAAUAGGGUAAAAGUUAUGCACAAACAACUAUUAAUGUUUCAUAAUGCGACUAUAGCAUAUUUUUCAAAUAAUCAUCAAGCUUUGGAAUCUUCUUUAAAACAGUUUAAUAUUAAACCCAAAUCACCGACUACUCCUUCUCUGGCUGCAUCAUGGUUAGAAAAAUAAUUUACCUGUAAAUUAUUCAAUUAUUAUUUAUAAAUCUUAUUUACCUCUAUAGACUAUACAUUUUUCCUAUUGAUAAUGCUUGUCUUAUCCUAGUACCUAUUUAAUAAUAUUAAAGAAAUGUUAUACAUAUUUGCUGUGUAUGUAAAUUUCUCUCUUUAUAUUUUUCGUUUUAAAUUUUUGUUCACCGUUUUGUAUAAAACAAUUUUUUGAAGUAUCAUAUAAUAUUAAAACAGUCAAUACAAAUCUGUAGUUUGAUUACAUACCAUUAUUUAUUCAGUAUGUGGUUUUAUCUUUGAAUUGAAACUGAGACUUGAUUAAAUGACUAAUGAAAUACUAAAUAGAUAAUUAACAUAGACGCGUGGACAACUAUUAUUAUUACUUAUAUGAUAAUAAUAAUAAUAAAUUAUAAUAUAAUUGUUUUGUAUACCAUUGUCUAGU